CCUGUUAACGCCCUUUUGUCAGAUCGUUUAGACGUUCGCGAUGGCAGCAGAAGCUAAUAAACCUUCGUUUUCUGCCGAUCAGUACUCCUGUCCGGUGUGUCUGGAGGUCCUGAAGGAGCCGGCCACUCUCGUAUGCGGACACAGCUACUGUAUGGAUUGCAUUAAUGACUGCUGGGACAAGUCAGAUACAAAAGAGGCCUACAGCUGUCCUCAGUGCAGACGGACAUUUAACGAGAGGCCAGAGCUGAACAAAAACACCGUAUUAGCAGAACUGAUCGAAAAACUGAAGGAGUCUAAAGAUGAUGGAGGUGAUUCUGAGAGUUACGCGGGACCUGACGACGUGUCCUGUGAUGUUUGCACGGGAAGAAAACUGAGAGCUGUAAAGAGCUGUCUGACCUGCAUGGCCUCCUACUGUGAGAUUCACCUUCGGCCUCACCUGCAGUCUGAUGUGCUGAAAAGACACAAACUGGGAGAGCCGACUGGAAACCUCGAAGAGAAACUGUGUAAGAAACAUCAGAAAGUUCUGGAAAUCUUCUGCAGGACGGAUGAGACGUGUGUGUGCUUACUUUGUGUGGCGACUGAACAUAAGAAUCACGACACGGUGACACCUGAAGAAGAGCGAGCAGCGAGACAGAAUCAGCUGAAAGAAAGAAAGGAAGACAUGAGAAAGGAAAUUGAAGAGAGAGAAAAUGAACUGAAAGAGCUGAAGGAGACUAUAGAGAGGAUUCAGAGCUCAGCAGAGAGAGAAGUGCAGGAACACGAGAAGACCUUCAGGUCUGUACUUGAGUCCAUAGAGAGACUGAGGUCAGAGGUCAUUGAGGUCAUUAGAAGUCAUGAGAGUAGGAAGGUUGGAAAGGCUAAACAGGUUAUGAAGCAACUGGAGAAAGAAAUCAAAGAGCUGAAGAGGAGAAACACUGAGCUGACCAAACUCUCACAAACAGACAACCACAUCCACUUCCUAAAGAAAUUUCCAUCUCUCUGUUUUCCUCUUGAAGAUCAAGACCCACCAACCAUAAGUAUUACUGAAGAUUUGUUUCCUGAGACUCUGAGGAUGAGUUUGUCUGAUCUGAAGAAGAGUCUGGAGGAGAUCAGCAGCUGGGAGAUUGUAAAGACCAGUGAGUCUGGGGCUGAUGAAUCACAUUACAUCGUGCAGAAUCUGAGGACCAGAAAUGGGCUCUUAAAAUACUUCUGUCCACUCACACUGGACCCCAACACGGCAAACAAUUCUCUAUACCUGUCGGCAGGGAACAAGAAGGUGACGUGUCAGAUGAAAAUAAUCCUGUAUCCUAAACAUCCUGACAGAUUUGACAGUUGGUUUGAAGUUCUGUGCAGAGAGGCUCUGAGUGGGACUCGCUGUUACUGGGAGAUUGAGUGGAGCGGAAAAGAGAUUGACAUUGGAGUGACAUAUAAAGGAAUAGGAAGGAAAGGAAAUGGUGAUGAGAGUGCUCUUGGGCGCAACAACAAGUCCUGGGAUUUCUGCUGCUCUGUUUCCGGUUACACUGCAUGGCACAAUAACAAGUCGACACAAAUCAGCACCCCCUGCAGUCACAGAAUAGGUGUGUAUCUGGACUGGCCUGCUGGCUCUCUCUCAUUUUAUAGCAUCUCACACACAAUGACCCUCCUACACAAGUUCAACGCCUCCUUCACUGAACCGCUCUAUCCAGGGUUUGGGUUUGAAUGUGACACGAGUGUAACAAUCUGCCCUCUGAACCCACCUGACCAGUGACCAUUGUGGUCUGCAGGUCACUUCAUAUCUUCUGACAUUAAAACAGUCUUGUUAUUUUAGACUAAAAAAUCAUGCAGACUGCCUGAGUAUCAACAGCCACAAUUUAUAUCAAUAAUAAUAAUAAU